UGACACAGUCCUUCAGCAUCUCUGAUAUUAUUGUAAUAGCAACCUACUUUCUUCUCAACCUCGCUGUUGGAAUCUGGUCUUCUCCAUCAGUCAUCAUGCAGGGUGAGCAGAAAUACUCUGAGCGGUUAUUUCUUGGCAGGACGGGACAUGGCCUGGUGGCCGAUCGGAGCGUCUCUGUUUGCCAGUUCAGAGGGCUCGGGUCUGUUUAUUGGUCUGGCUGGGACUGGAGCUGCUGGAGGCAUUGCGGUCACUGGUUUUGAAUGGAAUGCCACUUAUGUGCUACUGGCUCUGGCCUGGGUAUUUGUGCCUGUCUACAUCUCCUCAGGGAUUGUGACAAUGCCGGAGUAUCUGGGUCGUCGUUUCGGAGGAGAGAGGAUCAGAACCUACCUGGCGGUACUCUCACUGAUGCUGUCCGUCUUCACAAAGAUAUCUACUGACCUGUACUCUGGAGCCUUGUUUGUUCAGGUGUGUCUGGGAUGGAACCUCUACCUGUCCACAGUUCUCAUGUUGGUCGUCACUGCUCUCUACACCAUUGCAGCCUUCAACAAGAUUGGAGGGUAUGGGAACCUGGAGCGGGUGUACAGCAUGGCGACGCCCAGUAAGAUCAUUCCCAACAGUACAUGCCACCUGCCACGUCAGGACGCCAUGCACCUGUUCAGAAAUGCCGUCAGCGGAGACUUGCCCUGGCCCGGCAUGACACUGGGCCUUACCAUACUGGCCACCUGGUACUGGUGCACUGACCAGGUGAUUGUACAACGGUCCCUGUCUGCUAAGAACAUGAGUCAUGUGAAAGGAGCGUCAAUCCUGGCUGCCUAUCUGAAGAUGCUGCCCUUCAUCUUCAUCGUCCUUCCUGGCAUGAUUAGCCGAGCUCUCUAUCCAGACUCUGUAGGUUGUGUGGAUCCAGAAGAGUGUGUGCGAGUGUGUGGCGCUGAGGUGGGAUGCUCAAACAUCGCCUUUCCCAAACUGGUCAUUGAACUCAUGCCAAGUGGAUUGCGGGGACUUAUGAUAGCAGUGAUGAUGGCAGCUCUGAUGUCUUCACUGACGUCCAUCUUCAACAGCAGUUCCACACUUUUCACUAUGGACAUCUGGAAGAAGUAUCGCCCCAGGGCCUCGGAGAAAGAGCUGCUACUGGUCGGCAGGAUUGUGACAGUGAUCUUAAUAGUGGUGAGUGUGGUGUGGAUCCCCAUACUACAGUCAGCGAAUAGCGGCCAACUAUACGUUUACAUUCAAUCAGUGACGAGCUACCUCGCUCCACCAGUCACUGCUGUCUUCACUCUGGCCAUCUUCUGGAAGAGGACCAAUGAGCAAGGUGCAUUCUGGGGCCUGAUGGUGGGUUUGGUGGUGGGCACGUGUAGGAUGGUGCUGGAGUUUGCCUUUCCUCCUCUUAGAUGUGGUGUUGUGGACACAGCGCCUGCAGUGCUGCGCAGUGUCCACUACCUCCACUUUGCCAUUCUGCUCUGCGGGCUCACUGCUAUCGUGGUUACUAUAGUAUCACUGCUCACACCGCCGCCCAGCCACGAACAGGUGUGUAACUUGACCUGGUGGACAAUAACUGAAGAGCCACAAAGAGAAAUUCCUCUACAGAAAGUGUCCUCUGUCAGCCACCGUAGCCCCCAGGGCUCUGAGCCAACUCGGCGGGCGACAUGUGGCCGAGCAGCUGAACUAUGUAUCUCAGCAGUACGUCGAUCGCAGGAGGCUCCAGCUCCCAGAGUUCCCAGCAUCAGAGAGAGCGUUUUCUGGUCCAGGUUCUGCUGCUUUAACGCGCUCUUGCUGAUCAGCAUUAACGUUUUUCUUUAUGCAUACUUUGCCUGAGUGGAGGGUCAGAUUUAACAUCCUGCCUCGCCCUUGUGUUGAACUUCUGCCAGUCUCUCACUCAAGUAGUUGAAACUCUGCCUGCCUGCCAAACAGCUGCUGAUUUCUCCAUUUACAAGCAGGUGGUGAAACAUAUACAUACAGAGAAUUUAAUUGAGUCCUUUAAAAAUCAAGGUGGUGUAUUUCACAAUGUAAAGCCUGCAGAUGUAGUUACAGGUGCCACACAUUUCAAAGUAGAAAACCCCCAGAGAGCACAUACUGUACCUCCACCAAGGUGGCACCAACUUUUAUAUGUAUCAAGAGAAGAUUUAGAUUUUUUUUUUUUUUUUAAACCUGCACUUAGAUCCACUUGCACUCAUGCGAUGUUUAAACCUUCAUCCACUCAGGCUGGCAGAAUCAGCGAUGGUAAUUAUAAUUACUAUUUUAGACAAACAGUAUUUCUAAAGACUUACUUUGAUGUAAUGAUGUUCAUCUUUUUUUUCUACUCCCACACUAUAGUAAAGCCUAUUGUCUUAUUCGUGAAACGUGUUCCUUUGUGAUGACCUAGUUAUAAAGCUUUAGAAAGCUGUUAUAUGCAAAUUAUAAUGAAGCUUGUGGCUUGUUACAAGCUAUCAUGACUGUGCAGUUGGUGUUCAAUGCAAUACGACGUCUAAAUGACACAUUAGCUUAAACAUAAAUCUUACACAAUACAUAGCAAGAAGAUAAGAAUACAUCUAUGUAGUUUGGGUUCUAUGUGGCUCACAGAAAUCAGUUUCCUUUGGAGUUUAGAUGCUUGAUGAAAAUAAUGUGAUUAAGGCUUUAUAUGUCUGUCAACGAAGGUUUUGUGCACUUUUAUCGUUCUAGUGUUCUGUCGUGAUUCAGCUUGUUUGUUGAACAUACAGCAGAAUUUCUCAGGCUUUUCUUGUUUUAGGUUUCCAACUUCUUUUAAAAAUGGCACACAUUUGUGUUUUGAAGCUUCAAAUGCAUCCAAAUUACUUAGAAAUGACAAGUAUUACUUUUAUUUUUUAUUAUUACAAAUAUACCAAAGUAAUUACAAUUUAUCAGCACCGAUAAUUUCCUACUGUAUAUGACCAAAGAGCAUCAACCCCUAUGUUGAGAAAAUCUGUUUUAAUGUCUGUAUUUCUGUGCAUUCGAUGAAAUGUUUAAUUGGAGUUACAUUCUCGGAUGUAAAGAACUUUAUGUCAGUCAAAAGACAAAAUAUCUUGUCAACAUGUCCAUCAAAUAUUUUUUUCUUGUUGCAUCUCAAAUAAAGUGUUUGUCCACAAAUCAACACAGUUAGUUUU